UUUGGUGCAGUUGUUGUUAUUGUUAAGAGCUCAACCCAAAGAUGAAGACUUUGGUGACGCCAUUGACAAGGGUCUCCCCAAUUUUUCGCCCAAAUGACCAGAAAGCCCUUCCCUUCUCUCUCACACGUCACUCUUCUUUGCCAAAUUCCUUCACCUUCCUCCCAUUUCCCUCUCUCACUGUUUCCAUGGCCGCUUCAUCCCAAUCCACAGCUCCGACUGUGUCUCCUGGUGAUGUUAACAUAAAAAAAGAAGAUGUCUUUCAAUUGAUUCAAGCACAUCAGGAAAAAGCUGCCAGACUUCCACCAGUUGAAGAAAUUCGAACUGUCCUUGAUCGUAGCAUACGUGGGAUGCUCUCAACAUUCUCUAAGAAGCUCGAGGGUUAUCCAUCAGGGUCUAUGGUUGAUUUUGCAUGUGAUGUAAAUGGAAAUCCUAUACUAGCAGUGAGCGACUUGGCAGUUCAUACAAAGGACUUAACUGCUAAUCCUAAAUGUUCAUUGCUUGUGGCUAGAGAUCCUGAAGAUCGGACUGAUUUAGUGAUCACGUUACAUGGUGAUGCUAUCUCUGUACCUGAAAAGGAUAGAGAAGCCAUUCGAGCUGCAUAUUUGGCAAGACAUCCCAAUGCAUUUUGGGUUGACUUUGGAGACUUCCAAUUUGUGCGCAUUGAACCAAAAGUUGUACGAUUUGUGUCAGGUGUUGCCACAGCUUUGUUAGGAUCAGGAGAGUUUAGUGGAGAUGAGUAUAAAUCUGCAAAAAUUGAUCCCAUAGCUCAGUUUUCCAAGCCAGUGGCGUCUCAUAUGAACAAAGAUCAUGCUGAUGAUACAAAAGUGAUUGUCCAGCACUGGACCUCAGUUCCGGUGGACUUUGCAUACAUACUAGAUUUGGAUAGUCUUGGUUUCAAUGUUAAGGCUGGUUACCAGGGUGAUACUUUCAAGCUCCGUGUACCUUUCCCUCGACGUGCUGAAGAUAGAAAGGAUGUUAAGACUCUCAUUGUUGAGAUGCUUCAAGCUGCUAGGCCUCAAGUUGAUUGAUUACUCAACAGAUCAAAGAUGAACAGCAUCCACCAGUCAACCUUCCUCGGGAGAGGACAAAAUGUGUACAUCGAAAAGCGGACAAAUAAAAGCAGUUAUACUUUUCAAAGAUGAGAUGUCAAAGCAAAUGGUUGACUUUGUUUACUUCUUCUCUUAUACGCUAUUUGGGAUUUUUUUUUCAUGUGGGAAAACACUUUGAAUAUUAAGAAAUAGAAGUGGUGUGGUAGUCUCUCAAAGACACAAACCCUUUUGUACAUAAAUGGUUAUGAUAUCUUCGUCCAGGGUGUAUGAAUAAUCCUUUGAGAAACAACAAAUAAUUUUUAUUUUUGUAUACAUACAACAAUAAUU